GACUAUUUGGUUUCUUUAGGCACCACCACCUGCCCCUUUAUCGAGUUGAUUUUUUUGGUAUAGCUUUAUUUUUUUCAUCUGACACACAAAAUUUCUCAUGCCUUAUUGUAAAGGACCAUUUUGAGGGAGUUUGCGCUCGAGCAACACGCAAACAGCUGAUGUGCCCGACGACUUGGCACUGCCGCUUUUGUGUCAAUAGCGGUCAUUCAGCUUGUUUUCCCUCUCCCGCAGACCGCGUCGAACUCAAAUUUACACGGUAUACAGCAUGUAAAAGAUCUGCCAGCCAGUGAUAUUUGUUUUGUGUUUUUCCCCUUGAUGGGAGAAGAAAAAUUAAGCAAACAUGUGGAGCAUGUAGGCCUGAAUGAAACGAGAAAAAGCCGUGAAUAAUUCAGGGCCACACGUGAUCGGAUGAUAAUGAUGAUCUCCGCCACACAUCUCCCCGGUCCAGUCCCCCGCAGGCCAAAAAUUGUCAAAACACUGUGUGUAUAUAUUUACCCAAAUCGAAUCGGCGACGCCACUGAUCAUGCAAAUAUGCCUCUCAAUGAAAAAGAAAACCUAGAAGAAAACACAAUUUAGGCGCUGUGAUGGCGCGGGAGCUGUUCCAGCGUGAGGUGCAAGCGAAUGGUCCCGACACAGCUGCACUUCAGCUCCAUCCACGCUAUCUACGCUGAAGUAUGAGAUUGUCCGAUACGCGACCAUUGGACUGUACCCCCGGAUAAACUAGCUCAUUAUUGUGCCGGCUUGUCAACGCGAAGCACGGUGAGAUUUGCGCGCGGUGCCUUACUGAUGUGAUGGGCUACGUAGAGAUGUCAGCUAUUCUUGAUGUCUGGGAUUUACGGACAGUCCUCAUCGGUGUCGUGGUCUUCCUCUCGAUGUCAUGGGUCCUGCGCCGUCGGCGUCCCCUCGGUAGCAACACUCUGCCCCCGGGGCCCUGGGGUUGGCCCCUCAUCGGGAACCUACCAUCCCUCGCCUUUGCGUCCGGUGCGGAUGAGCCCCACGAAGUCUUCAUGCGGAUGGCCAAACAGUACGGGCCGAUCUUCAGCCUGAAUGUCUUGGGCCAGAGGAUGGUGGUAGUGCACGGCUACAAAGCAAUACGAGAAGCCUUCAACAACCCUUCCUUGAGUGAUCGCCCGGAGCUGCAUAUUCUGCAAAACCUAUUUAAUGGUGCCGAAGGAGUAGCUACUGCAUCCGGAGAUACAUGGAGGGAACAGCGCAAACUCAUCCUGAACGUCUUUAGGAAUUUCGGCGUCGGGCAGGCGUGCUUCGAGGAUCAAAUCGCCACAGAGGCUAAUCACCUUACGGCCGAGAUCAAAAAGCUGAAAGGAGAAGUCUUCAAUCCUGUCCACCUCUUCGGCAACGCCGUGUCCAACGUUAUUUCCUCAGUGGUCCUCGGCAGGCGCUACGAGUACAACGAUGUGGAGUUCCAGCGUGUGCUAGCAUCCAUGGAUCGAAGCAUGGAGUUGAUUGGUGCCGGCGCAGCCAUGCAGUUCCUUCCCUUUGUGAACAGGCUGGGUUUCCUGCCGAGUAUCAAGGAGAUGACCGCCACCAUGAAGUACGUGAUGGACUUCGUCAUGGGCAUCGUGAAGAAACACCAGAGUGACUCCUACGUGGAGGAGUCGCGCGAUCUGAUGGACGUCUACCUCAGGGAGAUGAAGAGCAAGGAGGAGCGAAACAUCCCCACUAAUCUCAGCGUCCUGAACCUCGUCAUUGUCGUCUCGGAUCUGUUCGUGGCGGGCACCGAGACCACGGCCAGCACGCUGCGCUGGGGUCUGCUGUUCAUGAUGCUCCACCCCGAGAUCCAGGGCCGCGUCCAGAUAGAACUGGACAGCGUGGUCGGACGGGAGCGGCUGCCGCAAAUGUCCGACAGGCGCAACCUGCCCUACACCGAGGCCGUCAUUUUGGAACUACAGAGGCGGGGUAACAUCGUUCCCCUCGGCCUCCCGCACAAGGCUGCCGAAGACACGACCCUGGCGGGGUACACGGUGCCCAAAGGCAGCCUGGUUGUAGCCAAUCACUGGGCGCUCAACAUCGACCCCGAGCUCUUCCCAGAUCCAUGGGAUUUCAACCCGGAGAGAUUUCUAAACGAAGACGGCGAGGUGACGAAACCUGAGGAGUUAAUUCCCUUUAGUACGGGUCGUCGCAUCUGCUUGGGAGAGCAACUGGCCAAGAUGGAGCUCUUCAUUUUCUUCACGCACCUUCUCCACCAGUUCACCUUCAGGAAGCCCGAGGGCUCGCCGCCCCUCAGCCUCAAGGGUCACCUGGGUAUCACCCUCGCGCCUAUGCCCUUCGAAGUGUGCGCCCUGCCGCGGUGAUUUCAAAUGAACGCAGAAAGCAAGGGGAUGUAGCUUUCUCGAGAUGUGAAAGAGGUGACGUCAGCGUUUCCUGAGAUGAGUUUUUCCGGGCCAUUUUAAUGAGCCUUCACGAAGUUAUAAAUCGCCUAAAUUAUUAACUGAAUGACGGUAAUAGAUGGUCGUGAACUCACCAUCCAAAUACUUUGGAACUUAAGUACUAUAGAAAUCAUUUCCUGAUCAAUCGGGUUGCUGCCUCUGCCAUCGACAACAGCAAUAUCAACCACACCGUAAAUUUUACCAUCACUUUACACACAAUCAGGCUCGAAAUUCUUGGUACUUUUAUUUCCACUGAGAUUCCAAGGAACUUAAUGGGGGUGCACAGGCUCAAAGGUGUGUGCAGUGUGGAGACAGAACUGUGAUAGGCCCCGGGACUGGGGUCUUUGGAGAGUCAUAGCAGCCUGUCAGAAAGAGGAGAUGGGGGUUGCUAAGCGACUAGUGGGAGUCACGGUCAUCAAAGCAAGCACUAUCAAUCAAUAUGAUGGUGCUAAGCCAUGGCAGAUUUGUGCAUUAUAUGCGAAUGUAUGUGUACAUGGACUUGAAAGGUGUGUGCAUCAAGAACAACGGUUCAGUGGCAUAUGGGGGGGGUUGUCUCCCUGGAGACAUAUUGGCAUUUUUUAAAGCAACUGAAAGCACCAAACUUUCGAACCGCUGCUAUCACCUUUCUUUGGGAUUUCUUUUCUGGAUGA